GACAAGCAAAAGAAACAUUACCGUUCGUCAUGCAUAACUAUCUCCGUCCAAGUUUUAACUGCAAUAGCAUUAAUCGAGCGAUUUUAAUUGUCUUAUGCGCGGUAUAAGAAAAUAAUUUGAUCGAGAGAAAAGCAAAAGAAAAAACAAAAAAGUAAAACACCAAUGCCUGCGCUACGGGAAACAUACAGGUAUUACACUAACAAGAUAAAGAGAGAGAAAAACAGUAUCUCCCGAGAGAUGCGCCGCACAAAAUUCAUCCCUCUUUUUCGAUCGAUAAUAAAUUGCAAAAUUCGUCAAUAUACUACAGUGACAAAAUCGGACUCUUACUAUUUUCAUGCGUGCGAAUCAUCGCGGAAUUUUUUAACGCGCAAUGAUACCCAAAAUGCCGAAAAAGUUGGACGGGUUUUGAGAACGGGCGCGAUAAGAUUCGUCUCGUCAAAAAUAAAAGUAUACCCGGGUCGUGAAUUAUUGAAUAAAAAAAUCAAUUGAAAACUGGUCUAUCGAUGAAGAGUCUUGUUUUUUCGCCUCGAUGGAUGUAAAAAAAAGGGAGAAAAGAAAGAUUGAUCACGUGCGGGUCCGUAAACGUUGGAUUCCUCGUGAAAGAAUGGCGUUUUCCAAAAGUGUCUGCCACACAUUUAUUUUUUCUUCUCAUCAAGUAUGAAAUUUUGCGUAUGAAGAAAUAAUUCCCGUCAGGUGGAAUUUAAUUGUGAUAUACUGCCUAUUUCGUAUAUAGCCAAGAUAUAUUCGAUAAAUAUGUACAUAUAUACAUAUUUUCCUAUAUAUAAAUAUAUCUAUAUAUGUAUCGAACGAUGAAUGUAAUCGCGCGACUCGUGUUGUCGAGACGGUUCGGUACGGAAUAAGCAGAAUAAGCUUAGAGAGAGCGAGCCUCGUUUGGUGAAGAGACGACAAAGUUUGAGGUGCCACACAUCGGGACUCGCGCAGUUACGCUGACUUGUCGUGGGAGCGCGAGAAAGAGAGAGAGACUAAAAGAAAACGCGAAAAGGAAAGAAUCACUAAGAGAGAUAGAGAGAGAGGGGAAAGGAGAUAGAAAAGACGAGAAGAGAGAGACAGAGCGCAUCAGAGUAACAAACCAGCGCUCGUUGCGAUUAGGACCGACCGCGAGGACAACGAACAACGAGGGACAUAGAAACGGGGUGCAUCGCGUCGAAACGUACACACACACACAGACAUACACGACCGCGCGAAACUUACAUUAACCCAGAAAAGGUUCGAUAUUGCAAAAAAAACCGAGGAAAUACGAUCAAAAAGGAUUGUUGGAAAAAAAAAACAAUUAAAAAAAUGAGAAUUUGCCGGAACCCUACCUAAACGCUGGAUGGCCGUUCGAAUAACAAAGUGUUUGACCGAAGAUUCCAUUUGAAUGGAUGAUGCCUGGAGGCGAUGAACGGUAUGGAGAGACAUGGACACGGUCAUGGGCAUUCGCAUGGGCAUUCGCAUCAUCAUCAUCAUCACCAUCACCACCACCAUCAUGCACAUGGUGGGAGUUCUCAGAGCGUGACACAAAAUGCUGGACAGGUGGCGUCGAAGCACGGCCACGGACAUUCGUCCCAUGCAGCAAAAGAGCCAGUUGCGCCAUUGCCAGCGGCACAGCCUCAAAAGCCUCGAAAUUACAGGUUAAUAGUAGAUCCAUUUUUAACUAAGGGAGCUGCAAAGGUAUAUCGUUACGAUGGUGUUGUGCCUGGAGAUCCGACGUAUCCGUUGAUUCAAGUACGAGAUCCACGUUCCCAAUUGACGCGAAUAUGGACGAGAUUAGAGCAAUUAGAUUUGCCGGUUCCAAGGUUCAAGAUAGAUGGUAAUUAUUGUGGCGAGCCACCGCCUCUGGAAGUAACUUUUUGUCAUCUGAACGACAACAUAGACAAGACCUUUCUCACCGAUAUGGUUCAGAAAUUUGGCACGAUAGAAGAAUUGAUAAUAUAUUAUCAUCCGUUGACGAACAAGCAUCUUGGGAUAGCGAGAGUUGUUUUUGAAAACACAAAAGCUUCUAAGGCUUGCGUAGAGAAGUUGAAUAACACAUCGGUGAUGGGGAAAGUAUUGAGAGUUUUUCUCGAUGCCUUUGGCGAAGAGUGCAAGAAACUGUAUUCAGAAAUGACUGUUGAGAAGAAGCCGGAGAAGAAAGCACCGGUUGAAAAAGAGGUGAAAGUUGAGGCUGAGCCUGAAAAACAAACGCCGAUCGAAAAGGUCGUGCCCGAAGAGCGAGAAGAAUAUAGGCCCAAGAAAACAAUCGCUGCCACAUCCGAGAAAAAUCGUGAGUCUUAUAUCGAAAAUUCAAGAUACAACAGAACGAAAUAUAGUGAUUAUCCCACACCGAGUGGAAGCACGACGAGCAGUGAUCUAAGCUAUGCUACUGCAAAUAGCGAGCUCAAUUAUUCAAGCAACUAUUCACAAAAUUCGACACCUGCUACAAACUACGAUUAUUAUUACGCGAGCUAUCAUCAUACGCCGGCAAACAGUUACGUCGGCGGUCUACCAGCGAGCGCAGUUCCUGGUGCUCCUUUAGCGAUUCAACAAAAUUCGAACAUGUGGUGGAACACGAAUUCAGCAGGAGCAACACCGACGCCGGUCGGCUCAAGCGUUACUCCUGUUUAUCCGGCCUCUUCGGUUUGGCCGUCGCAACACAGUGGAACGAUCGAGAACAGUGAUGCCUCGACAUCCCUCAAUAAAGCACCUAACUCCAAGAGCUCGUAUCACACACCUAAAAAGGACAAAGACUCUUCGUCUUUGAGCUCAUCCACCCGAGAUUCACCGAUCGUUGAAUCGCGCAAAACGCUCGAUCUCGAUACAAGAAUCGCUAUGUUACUGAAGGACAAGGCAGGCGGUAUGGCUCCUCCUUUCCUUCAAUUUGGCAGCGAUUCCGAAGACGAGAAAAAAUCUCAACACAUUGACGAGGACAUGCUCUCCGAACCACCCAGCCCCUUUCUAUCCGCCGAAGUUUACAAAUCGUGCUUCGAGAAAAAGACUGAACGCACGAAAGAGCGUAGAAAAGCCCAUGAAAAUAACGUCAAUCAAUUCUCCGUUGAUGAGGAUUUGGGCAGUGUUAUUAGCUCUAGCGAGGACGAAGCACUUUUAGGUAGUUACAGCCCUGCUGUCGACGAUAACGAACCUUUACCACCCAAAGAACCACCGCCUCCACCACCCCCUGACGACGAUCGAAUGUCUCUCAGUCCUCUAAGCUCCGGAGAUGAAAAAAUCGAGGAAGUGAGAAUUCCUUCGAAUUAUACCUCUUCGUGCAUGGUUGCUGCUCAAUCGGAAACCGCCAAUCAGAUGUACUCGGGAGCUGGAUAUCCUGGUCAUCUUCCCCACUAUCCACAGCCCACGGAUUUUUACAGUUUGCCCAGACCCACUCAAUAUCCUUAUCCUUAUGGUGCAGCUUAUUUACCCAAUCAGUACCAAUCCUCCUCCACCCAAAUCCCAGGCACUGUUGGCUCACAGGGAAGCUAUUAUCCGACAUUUCAAUCCAGACUUCAGGCUAUGGCUAAUCAGAGUAUCACGAAAGAUAAUCCACAGGGUCCUACGAUAAACGCAGUGUUAACGAGGGUAGUAAAUGAGGUGAAGGCGAUCCUGAAGAAAGAUUUCAACAAAAAAAUGGUCGAGAGCACGGCUUUCAAGCUCUUCGAGGUUUGGUGGGACGAGAAAAAAUCGGAAAAGAGUCAAAAUCUGACGGGCACGGAAAAUACGAUCGUGAAUAAUGUCGUGAAGGAAGAAGCCCCUACCAAACCUCAAGCACUCUCCUCACUUUUGGACCAGGCGACACCGCUCGGUUUAAAUUACGAUGGCUUUGGUUUGGGUAUUAGGGCCAGUAUGCCAAAGAUGCCUUCGUUCAGGCGCAAGAUAAAAGCUCCGAGUCCUUUGCAUCAAGACGAGGAUAGUCGUCAGUCGGAUCGUAUGGAUACGGAAAUAAUCGACAGCGAUAGUGAAUUAGAUUUGCCGAUGGUUGCUAAUUCAAAACGCACGUUACCUGAUGCCUCGACGACCUCGUCGUCCUCGUCUUCGUCGUCACCAAGUGACAGUAGCGAAGCGAGCAGCGGAGAUUCGUCAAGCAGCUCGAGCGAAAGUUCCGACGAGGAAGGUUUUGAUAACUCCCAAGAAGACCGUGAUUCCGAUAGCAGAGUAGCAGAUCUUCGUCCGCUCGCUUCGAGCAGUAAGGACCCAGAAAUUUUGAUGGAACUCGCGAUACAACGAUCUCUGAAUUGUGCAACGCCAACAGGUCGGGAAACUCCAAUUCCUGACUUGGAUGUGCGAAACGUCGACGAAUUCCCGCAGCUCGAUAAUGACCCGAGCCCCGUAAGUUCGCCUAUUUUCGAAGAUGCUACGAAGGUCGAAGACGAAAAGCCGGAUGGCAGCAUGCGAAUUAUGGGAACCAAUGACCUACAAAGGGCAAUUACACCGGCCACCAUAAACGAGAUCAAUUCUGAUCAUUUGAUUCGCGACGAAAAACGCAUUGGCGUUAAGUUACCAGUUAAGGAAGAAAAUCACGAUAUACAGAACAUGGAAAGCUCCGCGGCCGAAGCCCUCAUGGCUCUCGCCGGACAAGAUAAUAUUAUUAGGCAUAAAGAUCCGGGUCCUGUGACACCUAACUUUAUAAGAGCUCUUCAAGAUAUGUCGACGAAAUAUAUCAACGACGAACCGAUACUUAAAGAAUCGGAAAAGAUUGAAAUGUUCAGUGAAAUUCCAACUACGGAUUCUGAGGAAGAAAGCCUUGAAAUAAGGAGACUCAGGUUCCAAGCGGAGGCAGACAUUCGUUUGAAUGGUGAGCGAAGUCCAAGCACGCCGGGCUCGCAAGCGUCUCAAGUUUACAUGGAACACUCGUAUUCCUUGCCACCAGCUCAACCUGAGCCGAUCGAUCAAGCCUCACAGCAGCAGCAACAGCAACAACAACAGCAGCAACAACAACCCCAACAACCCCAACGCGUUAUCGGACAAAAGUCCAAACCGAUUAAAACCGAAAAGCCAAAGGACAGAAACGAGAAGAAAAAAUUGAAUAAAUACUCAAAGCUUCAUGUGCAUCAAAAUCACGAGAGAGAAAAAGAAAACAUGGCGCAAAAUGAAUUUAUGUACGAGACGUUGCCGAAGAAGUUCGAAGAGCCAGCUAAAGUCACCUACAAAGAAAGAGAUCUUAUGAUGGAAAUGGGAGUUUUGUAUGAAUUUUUAACUCGAGGCAUCGAUGCCGAGGACGUUGAAUACCUUCGGAGAAGUUACGAAGCACUAUUGGCCGAUGAUGCGGUCGGUUAUUGGCUCAAUGAUACACACUGGGUCGAUCAUCCUGCCACGGACAUACCAAGUCCGGCGAAAAGAAGGAAAAGGGACGAACUCCGACUCCAUGCGACCGGAAGUGCUAGAACUGAGGGCUAUUACAAAGUUGAUAUCAGGGAAAAGGCCAAACACAAACACCAUUAUGCGCAAAGUAUCCAACGUGCAAACGAGAUUGAGGAAAGUGGUGGUUCCUACGCAGGCGGUGACGGUCUUGCGAACGGUCCGAAAAAUAAUUCGAAAGCUCUUACAGGAAAAAUGCAAGCUCUUUCGAGAGAAGCUCGCAGUAAUCAACGUCGUCUUCUCACAGCCUUUGGCAUUGACACUGAUAGUGAUCUUCUUAAAUUUAAUCAAUUGAAGUUCCGCAAGAAGCAAUUGAAAUUCGCUAAAUCAGGUAUUCACGAUUGGGGUCUUUUCGCGAUGGAACCGAUCGCAGCUGACGAAAUGGUUAUCGAAUAUGUGGGACAAAUGGUUAGGCCCAUCGUUGCUGAUCUACGAGAGUCCCAGUACGAGGCAACCGGUAUCGGCAGUUCUUACCUCUUCCGUAUUGAUUUGGACACGAUUAUUGAUGCGACCAAGUGUGGCAACUUGGCUCGAUUUAUCAAUCAUAGCUGUAACCCCAAUUGUUACGCAAAAGUCAUCACGAUUGAGAGCCAAAAGAAAAUUGUUAUCUACAGUAAACAACCGAUCGGUGUUAAUGAGGAAAUAACAUACGAUUACAAGUUCCCGCUGGAGGACGACAAAAUUCCAUGUCUCUGCGGAGCUCCUCAAUGUCGGGGCACUCUCAAUUAAGAUUUGUUAUCGCGUUUCAUCAUCCAACUCAUUUAUCCUUUACCUACCUCUUUAUUUUCCCACUGUUCCUCAUCCCGCUAUCUUCUUCCUGACGCUGCCCUCUACUCAUAUUUUUGUAAAUAAAUCUCCCAUGUAAACAUUUUAUAAAAAUGCAACGGAGAAUACUGAUUGAGCCAGUGACAGAAA